AAAAAAAAAAAAAAAAAAAAAAAAAGAAACAAGCCGGGUAUGCACACGCACCAUCACAGCAAUGCCGAGCCUGACGCGUGACACACGGCGUGUUGAUCCUCUUGAAUGUCUCUUUUGCGUCCAUACCUCGACAGGUGGAUACACAUUUUGUACUGGGUGCUUUCGCAGAAAAGAUCUAAUGGCCGCCGCCUCCACCACCUCUGACUGGCCAUUGUCAAAGUACUAGUGCCACCUUCAUGAUCAUGAAGUCGAGCUAGUCCGAUAGGUGAUAGAUAUCAUAUUUUCUGAGGUUACGAGAGCAAAGGACCCUUUUCACGCUGCUUCAUGACAUAUUUCUGGGGGGCAAAUCCGUGAUUGACAUCCCGUCGACUCUGCCGAGGCCAAAAACCAUCGAGCCUGACUCACUCCGAGACGUAUACACCGUACGAGGCCCUCUUCUCGACUGAUAUCACUGUUGGAUGAUAUUUGUCGCUUUCUUCGUCUAAUUCCAUGUGACGAAUCUUUUGGUUGUUAGGAGAUAAACAACCACAAGCCUCAUGGACUCAUUCCGGUCGAUCUCCAACCGGUGAUUCUGAAGCAGCAGCCGCUGUUGGAGACCUGAUAAUAGCUAGCUAAAGUUUGGGGAGACUCAUACAAAAGCAAGCAGGCGUAUUUGUCUCAUACCCGUUCAAUUUUCUGCUCGCAUGUCGACAAUCGACUCAUUUCCAUUGCUAAGCGCUGAACACGUGAUAAUAUACCCCAUCGUGACGGUUACGGUUAUGUGUAUUGUAUAUGGCUUUUAUAUCGCACUCUUUUCUCAUUGCAUACAGCUACUUCGCCAUGGUGGAGGGUCACGUCGAUCCGUCUAUGUUUGGUCGACAGUUACUCUUUUCGCGACGUCAACGGGCAUGGUGGCUGUAGAGAUCACGAAAGUUCUUCACGAAUCUCUUGUGGAAUUCACGUCCGCAAAGGCCCGGGAGUUCGGGCCUCUUUACAAUUUUGCCAGUCACGACACGCUCAAAAAUGCUAUAUACGCAUUCGGUUCUAUCCUACCUAUCAUUGCAAAUGUAGCUGCGGAUUUCAUUCUUAUACAUAGAUGCUACGUUGUUUGGGGAUCUAAAAAACGAAUCCUCGUACCGAUGAUUGUUGCCUCGUUUGUUGUAAAUCUGAUAUCUAGCACCGGAGCGAUCGUGCAGAUCAUCGGUUUCAGGGAUUCAAGGAUUGAAUCUAACACGGCCUUAACUGGAAUUGGCGCUGAACUUGAAGCUGUAGGUUUUAUUACGAGUGCAGUCUUCAACUUGAUGUUGACCCUAUCAACCGCUGGGCGAAUAUGGUGGAUCACUCGAUGUGUUGGACCGUCGAGGACUUACUAUGUUGUGACAACUAUGAACAAGAUAAUCCUUGAAUCUGGGACGCUUUAUCCCCUCGCAAUGAUCGUACAUUUGAGCUUCACAAACGCAUUUCCUGGAGAUCAACUUCCCAUUGACACCUAUCCUCUGAUUGUCUUAGCUGCCGGCAUUACACCCACUUUGAUCGUCAUCCGCAAACGUCUCGGCAUUAGUACCCCAGAUGGUGACACUGUGACUCAGCCACCCCGAUCCAGCCAAUUUAUGACUUCAAUCCAACCAGCCGAAAGGUCAUUGCACCUUUCACGUCUUUCAGCUACCGUUGGUCGUCAUACCUCCGUGGUCGAGGCCAAUCACACCAAGACUCUUCUCAGAGCACCUCAAGCGGUGCAUGCGGUAUGACCUCCCGCGUGAAUGCGCACGUCACCGUCUCCCCCCAACUGACUUGAAUCGCUUCGUGUACUUCACAAUUAAAUUAUAGGUCUAUUGGGUAUUCGAAAAUAAUAUCCUAGUCUUCAUACGACUUCAGUUGAAGACUUCCCCCUCAUCGAUCAUCCCCCACUAUGGCCAUUGGCCAGCUCAUCAACC